AUGAGUGACAAAGGUUCUCAACCGUCCAAAAGACGAUGCAUCAGCACAGCCUGUGUUGCCUGUCGCAAAAGAAAGUCAAAGUGUGAUGGAAAUCUGCCAAGCUGUGCAGCUUGCUCCUCAGUAUACCAUACACCAUGUGUGUAUGAUCCAAACUCGGAUCACCGCCGUAAAGGUGUCUACAAGAAAGAUACAGAUACAACGCGGACCCGAAACACCACUUUGCAGACGUUGAUCCAAGCAAUACUGAACUAUGAGGAAGCGGACGCUUUUGACCUAGUGCGUCAGAUACGCGCUUGCGAUGAUCUCGAAGAUGUAGCAGCUUCAAUUGCCCAGGAGAAAGGGUUCAUGUCUGCGGAUCAAGUGACAAAGGAGUCAGCAAAUAAUGAGAAUGCCGCCGAGAUCGAUCAGUUCGAAUCAGAACUGGCCGGUAAAAUGAGUGAGCUAAUGCUCGAUGGGUCUCGAAAAUUCAUUGGAGGUACUUCCAAUCUCAUCUUCUUGCCGCCGGACUGUGAGUUGGAGUCUUCCUCCAUCUCGAAUCGGCUCGCUCUCGGCACUGAGAACCAACCACACGCCGUGAGCCGCUGGACCCAAGUCACAGAUGACGACUCUCUAAUCAGCCAUCUGAUGACUAUGUACUUCACAUGGCACUAUCCGUUCUUCACCAUCCUAUCUAAGAAUCUGUUCUAUCGGGAUUACAUCCGCGGUAUCUCCAGUUCGUACUGCUCGGCGUUACUCGUCAAUGCUAUGCUAGCCUUGGGUUGUCAUUUUAGCUCUUGGCAAGGCGCCUUCGAAAACCCCCAGGACAUAGCCACGGCAGGGAACCACUUUUUCAAGGAGGCAAAGCGGCUCACAUUGGAAAACGAUGAACAUGAGAAUGCAAAGCUUUGUACAGUCCAGGCAUUUGCACUCAUGUCUGUCCGAGAGGCGGGGUGUGGUCGUGAAGGGAAAGGUUGGGUCUAUAGUGGACUCAGUUUCCGCAUGGCCUUCGAUUUGGGAUUGAACCUUGACGCCGCAAACCUCGGGGUACACAAUCUUAGCGAUGAAGAAAUCGAUGCUCGGCGGGUCACUUUCUGGGGCUGCUAUCUGAUUGACAAAUGCUGGUCAAAUUACCUCGGUCGUCAGCCCCAGUUGACCUUGACCAACGCCAAUGUGCCCAAGUUUGAUGUUUUCCCACAAGAGGAAACAGAGUUAUGGUCACCUUACACAGAUGCUGGGGUUGGUCAUGAAAACACGCAACCGUCACGAACCCGGGCUAUUGCCCUUCAAAUCUGCAAAUUGGGUGAGAUCAGUAGUGACGUGAUCGUCUUCUUCUAUCAUCCAACCGAGCUGGAAAAGUCACCGUCCAAACAGUCGGAGCUAAAGAAGUUAAGUGAUGUUCACACCCGGCUUGAGGCGUGGAAAAACAAUCUGCCCAAGGAGCUGGUGGCAAAAGAAGGACAGUUACCCCAAGUGCUUGUCAUGCAUAUGCUGUAUCAACUCCAGAUAAUUCACUUAUAUCGACCUUUCUUGAAGUACACGAAGGCCAACACUCCGCUACCUUCCCACGUCUCACCUCGCAAGAUUUGCACCCAGGCCGCCGCGACGGUUUCCAAGCUUCUACGCGUCUACAAACGAGGCUACGGACUAAAGCAGAUCUGCAACAUAGCCGUCUAUAUUGCACAUACUGCAUGCACUAUCCACAUCCUCAAUCUACCCGACAAAAACGCCCAGAGAGACGUGGUUCACGGCCUCAAGAAUCUCGAAGAAAUGGCAGAAGGCUGGCUCUGCGCCCGACGUACCCUUCGCAUCCUCGACAUAUCUGCCAACAAAUGGCAGAUAGAAUUACCACCCGAAGCCACCUCCAUCCUCGAACGAACCCAUUCGAAAUGGGGCUCCUGGGGCUCUUGGGAUCAAGCCACCUCCCCCUCAACCUCCGACGACUCCCCCAUCGCAACCAUGCUCCACCAACCCACAACCCCAAAUCGAUUCCAUCCAUCCGCACCUCCAUUGCCACACGAACCCCACCCCGCAUAUCCCAUCCCAAUGGCUGGCACCCCGAUGGGCCCUCAAUUCGCCCCUCCCACCAUGCCAAUGCCCCCUCCUCCAUUGGCGUACCAGUUCCCUCAUCUCGCUGCAUCCUCUUCGCCCCGGCCGAGCCCAUGGUACGACACUACCGGAGCUCAAAACCCGCCUCCAAAUACAACGACAACACCCAUUGAGUCGCCCGUGUCGGGAUACGACGGCACGGAGAACCUGGUCGGAGAGAGUCAAGACUGGUGGUCUAGAAAUGCAUCUGCGUAUGGAAUCGGGUUGGAUCAGUGGAAUGGUGCUUGGAAUGCCCCUUCUCAAGAUCAGCCUCCCCUUAUCCAGUACAAUAAUGGUGGUCUUCUGUCUGUUGCUCGUCCCUCUACCUCUGGUGCUGAACAGCCUCGAGCCCAGGCGGAAAUGUCGACUGGGUCCCCCUUCGACCCUAAUGAUACUCCUGGGUAUGCCGAUAGAUGGGAAUGA